AACAGUUUCACCGAAGACCUCAGGAAGAAGGGGCAGUUGAGGAGAAUCCAACGGGCUGUGCCAGAACUGAGCCCUUCAAGACGCGCUCUCCUUAUGACAUCUUCAGCUGGCUGGCGUCCAAGCACCGCCGCAUGCCCGAACGUUCUCUUGUGCAACAGGAAGAGAUUCAGCUUUCUACAACCAGACGUGCUACAAGUCUUGAGCUGCCCAUGGCCAUGCGGUACCGACACUUGCGAGAGACAGCACGUGAAGCUGUUGGGGUGUUCCGUUCAAGCAUUCAUGGCAGAGGCCUCUUCUGCAAGCGUGACAUUGAUGCCGGAGAAAUGGUCAUUGAAUAUGCAGGCCAGCCUAACUGUUACUCUCGCGUGGUGGUAUUUGGGGAAAAAAAACACAUCUUUAUAUUUGCUCUUAGGAGGAAACCUGCGUUUGGGGGGGGGGGAAAAGGGGUUUAA